ACUUUCAAUAUACCGUCCCCGUACGUCACCGAAAGGAAAAAAAAAAGCCUCCACUAUUAGCUCUGCCUCUUUUCCCAAAGGAAUGCCAGGAGCUAUUUUAUUCGGUGCUUUCAUGGCUUCAUGUUGGAAUUUUAAACAUUUUUUUUCAAUUUUUCCAAUUUCAUUCCUGUAAUUUUGCCUAUUAGGGAAUUCGUGGCACUUGUUACAGCAAGUUUUUGCUGAAGCCCUAAUCUAGGGUUUUUUUUGGGUCACUCUCAGCGGAUUUCGCCCACGAAAACCUAAUUUUUUUGUUUCUCGCACUCCAUGUGAGAAUUUUCGCGAAAUUUCGUUGAGAGACAGUAUCUGGAGUUACCUGAGCUACAUGGAGGGGGUGAAAGGGGCUUUAUUUUCAGUGUCGGAUGGUUUUUCUCCCCGCUUGUGAAAACUUCAAGGUGAAUGUUUCUAGGGGGAGGAAAGGCGGGGUUUUCUUCUGAGAAAUGGAGCGGCCGAAGGAGGUUUUGUUUGCAGAGUCGGAUAUUGGGAACUCGUUCGAGUCAUUUGAAAGAUGCUUGGAGUCUCAGAAGGAGCUGUUCCAUUAUCAGAUCGAGCAGCUCGAGAAGAUUGUUGCCUCCCAAUGCAAGCUCACUGGUGCCAAUCCACUGUCUAAUGAGAUGGCAGCUGGUGCACUAUCUAUCAAAAUUGGAAAGAGACCCAGGGACUUGUUGAAUCCAAAAGCUGUUAAAUAUAUGCAGGCAGUAUUCUCGAUAAAAGAUACACUUUCCAAGAAAGAAACACGCGAGAUCAGUGCACUUUGUGGUGUUACUGUUACACAGGUUAGAGAGUUUUUUGCUAGUCAGCGUUCACGAGUGAGAAAACUUUUUCGGUUGACCAGAGAGAAGGCUAUGAGAAACGAUAAUGCUUGUGAAGCAUCGCUUGAUGGACCUGCCACUAAUUCUGAGCAUACCAUACAUGCUAGUGAGCAGCCUAUUGAGCAGCCUCUUGAGGAUCUUGUUGAGCAAGCCACAAGUUUGAAUGUUGUAAAAGAAGAUCCAUCUUGCUCCUUGCAGGGGGAUGUUUCUCCUGGAAUUGAACCUUCUGAUUCAAACUUUCUGGAGAACAUUUUCUCUCUAAUGAGGAAAGAAGAAACAUAUGCUGGGCAGGUGAAACUGAUGGAAUGGAUUUUGCAGAUACGCAAUUCUGCAGUCUUAUAUUGGUUUUCAACGAAAGGGGGCAUAGUGAUCUUGGCGAAGUGGUUGAGCGAGGCUGCUUCCGAAGAGCAAACAACUGUUCUUCUUGUCAUUUUCAAGGUCCUUUGUCACCUACCUUUUCACAAGGCUUUACCAGUACAAAUAUCAGCUAUACUGCAAACUGUUAACAAGCUACGAUUCUACAGGACAUCAGACAUCUCAAACAGGGCAAGGGUUUUGUUGUCAAGAUGGAGCAAACUAUUUGUGAGGAGCCAGGCCAUGAAGAGAAUCUUCUCAAAUGCAUCUUCUGAUGCACAGAAAGCCAUCAUCCGACAACAAAGGAUCAAUGAAAUCCUCAGUGACGGAUCAUGGCAAUCAAAGAUUGAUAUUCCUGAAGAAAUUCUUGCUCCCACUGAUGAAAUCCCCGAAAAUUGCAGAAAAUCAGAGCCUCCUAAUUCUUUGAAGCUGCUUCCUAACGCGUCUGACGAUUCAAACAGAAGACUUGUUCGGAUUAUUCCUUCCUCACAGGCCAAAGAACGCCGUAAAGUCCUUCUCGUUGAGCAACCAAGCCGAAAACGUGCUAAUAGAAAUGUGCAGGUUGCCCGAGCUGCUUCGGAAGCUAGGGCACGGCCAUUAUCAGCUGACGAUAUUCAGAAGGCCAAGAUGAGGGCCGUCUUCAUGCAAGGAAAGCACUGCAAUGAUGGUGUCCACAAAAGUACUCAGCUUCUAAAACCCCGGGUCACCAAACCACCCUCACUAUCUCAAUCUCGAAAGAAAUUGAAUGAUUCUCCAUUAGAAGAGCCUGAUUUUGAGCCCACUCGACCUGAGGUUGAGCCUUUAUCUCGAGCUUCUCAACGAAUCAGGGACCCAGAGUCAAGUGGUCGGGUCCAUGAUGAACCCACCCGGGGCUCGGACCUGGGCUCGGGCAUUUGUGGUCCUUUGUCAGAUCAGUUGAGGCAGGUUCAGACUGCAUGGCGGACGCCUCCAGAGAUGAGGAUCAAUUGCCUAUGGAGAGUCGGGGCUGGAGAGAAGAGCAAGGAGAUGGAAAUCCAGACCGAGCGUAUUCGACGGGAGAGAGAAACUAUCUAUCGAUUUCCCUAUGAGAUUCCGCCAAACCCCAAAGAGCCAUGGGAUGUUGAGCUAGACUAUGAUGAUAGUUUAACUCUAGAAAUCCCAAGUGAGCAAGCAAACUCAAUGGAAGCAGUGGAGGAAGAUCCACAAAAUGCUUUAGAAGAUACAAUCUCUCAGAGCCUUGCAGCUUGCUCUAAUAAGAAUCCCUCUGAUGGAAAUGACCCAACUGGAGAUACUUCCUCUCAAAGGUCCGAAACCAACAUUUGUUCAGGUUCUCAGGCAGCUUCUAUUAAUGGCACUGCUGGUCCUGAUCUUGAAUUGUUGGCUGUUCUUCUCAAGAACCCUGAGCUGGUUUUUGCAUUAACUUCUGGUCAAGGGAAGAAUAUCAGUAAUUCGGAUACUGUUGUGCUUCUUGAUAUGCUCAAGGCCAGUAAUGUGGGCAUGGGUGGAACUAAGCAGGAAAGCGGUCCUUCUAUUCCAAGACAAGCUCUUCAGUCAGGAGGCGCUAUAACGGCUUCUUCAUCAGCAAAGGUAGCCUUGCCAGAAAUCAGACCAUCACCAUCAAUCUCUCCUAGCAACCUUGGAGCACCAUCUCACCAUACGCCACCCUCUGGCUUAUUGCCUUGUAGUCACCCAGCACCUGGUGCACCAUCUCAACACUUAACACCCAUUCCCGCAAAUCCCAAUCAAAUUUUGGCACACCUGAACCAAAUUCCUGCAAUUUCGAAGCAAAUUUCGGUGUCUCCACAGCGAAUCCUGCCAAUGGCAAACCAAAUUCCAGCGACUCAAACCCGAAUACCGGUGACUCUAAAUCAAAGUCUGGCGACUCCCAGCCAAAAUUUGUCUUCUCAGGGUCAAAUUCCAGGGACCUUAACUCCAACUGCGGGGAAACCAAACCAAGACACGGUACUUUCAAAUCAAAUUUCGGCAACUUUGAACCAUAUUCCAGCUACCAGUUCUCCUGUUUUGCCAUUUCGGGCUAAUCCCCGGCAUUUUCCAACGAAUUCUAACUAUUUUCCUGCUGCAAAUUCACCGCCCCGGGCAACCUCUAAUGCGCCAUUGCUUCCACUUCCAUCUGCUGGAAAAACUCAGCCAGCAACUGGAAAGGUUUUUCCUGCAAAAGAGGGACACUUAGGUUUUUCAGAUGAUUUUGGGUCAGCAAGUAGAGCCCUUAGUCCAAUUAGAAACCCAGGCUUUCCAGCAAAAACAGUUUCUGGUAUUCCAAAUUUACCCCUGGAGCGAGGUGGGCCAGAGUUCGAGGUGUGGAGCCCUGAGAGGGACCCAGUUUGGACCGUGGAGCACCAGUGGCAAGAGCGUGCUAGGGGCAAUUUUGGAAGGAAUUUGAGGCCAGAUAGGCAAUGGCACCAUAGAGGUGGGCGACAGAGACCUGGUAGUAGGAGGCGGGAUCGGCGAUUUUAGGGUUAAGCAACGGGUUUUUAGGCGCGUGGUUUCCGGCCAUAUUGCUGCAAAAUGUGGGUCAUAUUCCAUGCGAGUUGUGGUGUGGGUGUUGGAAGGUAUUUUGGUUAGUGGGGGAACUACUUGCGUUGUUUAUGGGAGUGGGGAUUUAGGCUUUUGUGAAUAUAUUGAUCUCAUUUCUUUAAUAUUUGAGAGAAGUCUCAUUUCUUAAAAUUCGCUUAUAUCAUCUGAGCUUCUAUGUAAAAAAGGAAAAUUUUAAUUCAA